CGUGGUGAUGACAAGAAGAACAAAUGCUCCAUUGUGGGAUCUCCGUACAGAAAGGAAGGCCGGAUUACUAGUGAGAGUGGAGAUUUUAGAUCUCCAUGAGUGCGAGAUCUGCCCAUGCCCAUGCGAUGAGAAGAAGCAGCAGUAAGCGGAUCCAAAUUUCUCCGAGACACCACGCUUCAUCCUCUCCUUCCCACUUUCUUCUUGAUUUAUGGCGGUUUCUUCCUUCAUGGCACCUAAAAGGGAAAACCCCUCUGCGUCGUCGAUUACCCGGAAAGAAAUGUCACCUUUGAGGCAGGCUGAUGCUUCUGUUGCAAGCGAUGAGAAGAUGGAGUGGAGUCAUUUCAUCGGUGUGGGCGGCAAAGGCCUGUCCGCUAUCUCGAUUCUCACUCCCGGCUGUUCAAAUUCCAACCAGCCAUUCGGGGAGGUUGGGAGUUUUUUGUCAGAGAGGCGAACAGAGGGAGAGGAGACAGAAAAAGAGGAAAAGAUUCAAAAGAUCAGUUUAUGGGCAAUAUCAGAAUUUGACAGCUGGUUCACUCUUUUAUGUGAUAUUGAAGUUCAGACUUGUGUGUGGAUCCAACAGUUAAGUGCCUCUGUAUCCAUUGUAAGAAUUUUUUUGCUUUCUUAUUAUUGCUUGCUAGCUAGUAAUCUGGUGAUGAAGCCCAUCAAUGUUGUUAAAUGGGAUGAGGCGAAGGGAAGCGUUGAGCUUGUCAAGUGAGGUGGAAUGAAGCGUAAGCUUGAAGACAAAUUCAUAAAGUAUGUAUAUUUAUCACAAUACCUUCUAUGUGCACAUACGGAUAUGAUUUCCAAGUCUUCA